UCAUGUGACAGCGCGAGCACCACCAGCAGCAGUUCUUUACAACCGAGUCCGGAGGCGCACACACCGACAGACACACGCGGACUGACCGAGGAGCCGUUUCGAAACUCGGGGCACUUUUCCAUCGCUGUACCGGCCCGUUUCCGUGAUCCUCAUGUGGGGCAGCCUGCGUCCCGCGCGUCACUUUUCCACCGGAGUCUGUAUUUCAUCAUAAACUUCUUUUAACUCAACUCAGAAGGAGAUCAUCCACAAAAUUGAUACACCACCUGAAAAGUUCUUGGGCUGUGCAGCCAUGCUGAUGUAUGAUUACCCUCUGAAAACAGACAUGGAGACGUCGUUCUACUCACCAUAUUCAGAGACAUAUAGAGUCAUCCUGCCCUCGUCCCACCUGUAUCCCUCCCCUCUGCCCGCCUUCUCCUCGCCCAACCCCCCUGUCAGCACCCAGCACAGCGGCAGCACCCAGUUGGAGCCAGUCGACCUGUCCGUCACCAAGCGGUCCUCCACGGCCUCCUCCGCCUCCUCCCUGUCCCCUCCCUGCUCCUCAUCCCCCGUGUCCUCCCGCAGCUCUCCCUCACCCCGCUGCUCGCCCCUGCGCUCCUCGCCGCCUCACCUGCCCCCCCACGCGCCCACGCUGUCCUACCCCGCCAUGGUGGCCCCUCUCCUCGGCGGCGCUCAGGGGGUCAUACAGCCAGGGGUCAUGGUGUCUCCGGUCAUGCUGCCCCUGUCCGUUCUACUGCCCCCUCCGCUCCACCUGCACCAGCCCCUAAUGGUCAGCCCGCCUCUCGCCACAGAAGAGGAACACCAUCGCAGCAGAGAGCAAACAGCGCAUUUUAAGAAGCCCCUGGAGCUGCGGGGAGACGCCCCUGACUUGCAUAAGCCAAUCAAAACGGAGCCUCGCCCAGAGAUAAGCCAUGACCCCAUCAGCGGACAUGAAAAGAAACCACCAUCCCUCAGGAUACCACACGAGUACGAGGUGAACAGUCCUUCAGUCAUAGUCCAUUCUCGCACACAACAUCCUCUUCCAACUGAUUCACCAGACUCACUCAAAAAGCGACGGAUUCACCGCUGUGACUUCUCUGGCUGCAAUAAGGUCUACACCAAAAGCUCCCACCUCAAAGCCCACCGCAGAACCCACACAGGAGAAAAGCCAUACAAGUGCAUGUGGGAGGGCUGCACGUGGAAGUUUGCUCGGUCCGAUGAGCUCACGAGGCAUUUCCGCAAACACACAGGAGUCAAACCUUUCCAAUGUCCAGACUGUGAGCGCAGCUUCUCCCGCUCCGACCACUUAGCUUUGCACAAGAAGCGGCACCUGUCGUUGUGAGACUGUUCUGCUUGUGUUGGACUACAGCAGCUCUUUGGGAUGGGCUAAACUUUGGGAAAGCCCUAAAUGCACGGGGCCAUGAAAGUGUUCCUCAGGGUGGAAACUCUUUCGCCUCAUACAAAAAAAAAAAAAAAAAAAAAAAAACAUAUUAUGCUUAAAUCCUCAGAUUUUCUACCAGCUCAGCAGACAAGAGCAGGGGUGUCAGCAUCUCAGCUGGUUUGAAGGUGCUGCCCACUUGUGGCCAUUUAACCAAACUGCAAAUUUAAACUUUCCUAAACAGACCAGCGUGCCAAAGCUUUUAUCACUUUCACAACACUUUCAUAACCUAAUAUGUAUGCAGUAAUAAUGGACACACAAACAUACUUAAUGCUAGCUAUCAUAAUGUGAAACUUCAGGAAGAUCUUCAGAAUGUAGGUUGCCAUUCAGCUUUGCUAACUUUGUUGUUGACCUCCACACACCUCAUCUGCCUCUUAAGGCCCUGUUUCACAAAGGAAGUUCAGUUAACGGGUUUAAAAGUUUAAGGGUUAAUCCCUCCUGAGACAGACAAUUCAGAGUUUUCUGUUUCACUAAACAAGUUUGGAGCUAAACUCAGAGAUAGUAGACCUUGAGGUUAGCAGAAGACACAAGACUUUAUCAAGAGUCCCAGAAAAGAGGAUUUACCAAGGCACCUGUAAACCACAGGAGGUUUUCAUCUUGGAUGGACAGGAAGUCAUGUGACUAUGGAUCGUUCAAAUUUAAUAUAAAAGAAAUGUGGAGGAGCACGUUUUAAGCAGUUUAAUCAUUCAGAGUCAGAUAAUAUUACUCAAAAGGCCUACAUAAUUUGGUGCAGCCUACAUAGAUAAAAAACAUUAAACUGUUUUUAAAAAGUUUAUCAUGACAAUUUUAAUAUUUGAUUUCAGAUUUUAAAUUAUGAAUGCAUCCUACAUAAAUCAAAAUGUACAUGAAAGUGUACAUGAAUUAAACUAAAUAAAGUUUGAUCCAUGAAGCAAAAUUUCGGAGAUUAAAGGUCAGGCUUAAGUCAUUUGAGUAAAAUAAGUGUAAAGUAUAAAUAAAUACAAGUCUAAUCAUUAAACUUUUGUUAAGCCCUAUUAAGUUCACCUGAUCCAUCUGUGACUGUCCAAUCAGAGCUUCAGGAGCAGACUCUGGUUAAACUGCUCUGGACAGGUUCACAGAGUUAUGAUGGUGUCUGACUCAAGUCUCUGUGAAACAGAAAACUCUGAGUUGAUUUCUUUUCAGGGUUAACAAAGUCGGCCUAAACCUGCUUCUUGAAACAGGGCCUAAAUCUCAUAAAUGUCAUGAAGUAACUUUAGAAGACAGGUAGCCAUACUCACAUGUCACAUCACAGAGUACAUGCACUUAUCAAAAGCGGUAGCCUUGUUUUUUAUGCUUUGGUGAUAGAACAGGGGAUUCUGCGUCUUAUCAAUGUGGAUUUGAAGUGUUUUCUGUCUUUUUUGUUUUUCACAAAUGUGAAAUUUGAAAAAAAAAUGCACAGGGGCAUUAUUAUUGUGAGUAAAGAUACCACUUGGUUGGAUCAAGGGUAGAAGGUAGAACAAUGAAAUGUUAUGUAUCAUCAUGCACCACGUUUAUAUAUCUUUAUUUGUGUAUGUUUGUAACACCUUGGUAUCCUUUUUUCUAUGACACCUUUGUAUGAUGGGAUGAGUGGGGAAACAAGAAAAAGUUGGUCUUGGUUUCUGCCCUCUUAAAAUAUUAACAAGUACUUCAUAUUUAUAUGUUGCCAGUUGCCAUAUGGUUCUAAUAACACACAUCGAUUUGGUUAUAGAUUUACUUGGCCGAGCAGAUACAGUAUACAUGGAAUUGUGUUUCACUGUUUUCACAGCUUCAGGAGAUCAAAAUAUUUGUAUGUAACGCUUCUUUGUACACAACUCCAAUGUGCACUUUAUAUUCACAAACAUUCCCAAAAACAUAUCUGUGAAUUUUCAAUCAUGCUCUGGUCAGUAUGAUCAGAACCAUUCAAGGUGCCGUGCCAAAAGCUGUAUUACAUGAAUAUAACAUUCAGUUUAAUACUGCCUUCGGCAUCUCUAUGACACUUUGAUUCACACUAAUCAUGUGCAGACAUGGCUGCCUGGAAUCCAGAAUACACUUCUUCAACACUUUACAAACAUGUGAUACCAGUCUGUAUAAAAAAUAUACAGAGAAAUAUAUUCUGGAUUUACCAGGCAACAGGCGUGGUGCUCGCACACAGAAUGUAUUGGCACAAAUAAUUUGUAUCUUUCCUAAAUUACCUUUGCUUGUGUAUGUUUUGUAUCUCUACAAAUAUAAGUUUGUAAUAUAUACAGUAUAUUUUAUAUUUGAUUAUUAGACUGAAAGGGUAAUUAAAGGUUUUUAUUAAGCAUGGUUUUGAUAUUCAUAUAAUAAUAAAUAUACAUUUCUA